ACCAGAACUAGUGAAGAUGGAGAUCGGAAAGCAGUCGAAGGCUCGGAAGACGACGCCGCCGGCCUCGUUGACGACGACGACGACGGUGAACGCCCUCGAUGAUGGCUGCCUUAUGCACAUCUUCAGCUUCCUCAGCCCCAUCCCAGAUCGGUAUAACACCGCCCUCGUUUGCCACAGAUGGCGUUAUUUGGCAUGCCAUCCGAGGCUAUGGCUGCGGGUGGAGCCAUCCAUCAAAGGGUCCGGUGAGCCUGGAGUGUUUCCCAGCCUCGAAGAUGCGAUAUCUGCUGCAAGGCCUGGGGACACCAUUCUAAUUGCUGCUGCUAGGAACCAUGUUGCUUGCAAUAUCCAGAUCAAAAAGCCCCUUUGCCUUGUGGGUGGCGGCGAUCUUCCUGAUGACACUGUAUUGACCUGUUCUCGCGGCUCAGAAAGCUCAGAAAGUGCACUGGAGUUCCUGUCCACAUGCAAAGUUGUGAACCUGACAGUAAGAGCGGAACUCGGUUGCUGCUUUCUUCACCGAAGUGGAAGGCUCAUCAUCGAAGGAUGUGUGCUCCAGUGCGAGGAGAACCCUCUCGACUACCUCUCAUAUCCAAUCAUGAGCACUGCCAAAAGCAGUUGUGAUGCAUUUGCAUCGACAUUAAAGGGCGCUCCAGACAGUGUUACAGUUGCGAGAACCCGAAUUGAAGGAGGUGCAAAGGCUGUUUGGACUAGUGGAAGCCUAGUGCUUCAAAGUGUGCGAGCCAUCUAUGCUCGCAAAAGCAUCUUCUUCUGGUUCGAAGUUGGGGAAAUGGUUGCUGCCUAAUGAUAGCCCUUGUGUAUGUAAUGUUGUACUUGAGUUUCCCAUCAUCUGAUUUGUAUGUCAUUCAAGCAUUAGUGCUUUUCCAAUUGACUCAACUUCGACAAAUGAAUUCAUUUGCUUGUUCGAAGCUGCCCCUAUUUAA